AUGGACAACAACACCUACAACAGCUUCAUGCUUCAAGUGGAGGGCCUAAAAUUACCCAGAGACACAUUUUAUCCUAUCUUUCUCUUCUUCCUGUUCUCCUACCUCUUCAUCAUGGUGUCAAACUUGGGCAUUGCUGCCCUGGUUUUUAUUGACAGGAACCUGCACCAGCCCAUGUACCUGCUCUUCUGCAACCUGCCCUUCAAUGACAUCCUGGGGAACUCCAUCAUGGUGCCUCGCCUGCUGAUGGACAUGCUGUUGCCUCCGUCUGAGCGCCUCAUCAGUUACUAUGAGUGUGUGAUUCAGGCUUUCACCACGCACAUGUUUGGCACCACCACACACACCGUGCUCAUGAUCAUGGCCUUUGACCGCUACGUGGCCAUCUGCAACCCUCUGCAUUAUCCGUCCAUCAUGAACAACCGGAUGGUGCUGAAGCUGACGGCGUGGGCCUGGGGCGUGGCCUUCGUCCUGGUGGGGGUCCUGCUGGGACUGACUGUGCGGCUCAGCAGGUGCAGGAGGAUGAUCAUGAACCCGUACUGUGAUAACCCCUCGCUGUUCAAGCUCUCCUGUGAGAGUGUGUUCAUUAACAAUGUGUACGGUCUCACCUUCACCGUGGUGUUGCUCACCAGCUCCAUCGGCACCAUCGUGCUGACGUACACCAAGAUCACCGUGGUCUGUCUGACCAGCAACAACAAAUCCCUGAACAGUAAGGCCCUGAAGACCUGCAGCACACACCUGCUGGUCUACCUCAUCAUGCUGUUAAGCGGGUUUGUCGUUAUUUCUUCACACCGCUUCCCUCAGUACUCAGAUUACAGGAAGCUGUCAGCCAUCCUGUUCCACAUCAUCCCGGGCAGCCUGAACCCUGUAAUCUAUGGUGUGCAGUCCAAAGAGAUCUGCAGAUCUCUGUCCCGAUUAUUCCGUUUGAAACAAAUCCUGCCACUGCUCCCAGCCGACAAAUGA